UAAGGGACACCCCAUGUGGUCACGUGUAAACGUUUGUUUGUCUUAAUAGAAAGUUUAAUUUUGAAGUAUUCGGGAGAGAAAUCUCAUCACAUAGAAGAUAGAAGCGAGAGUUAGCCUCUUCUUUAGUUGUUUGUUGCAAUAAACACAAACACAACUUCCCCAUUUUCUGCUUUUUUGUUCAACUCUUACACACUCCAAUCACAAUUCUCAAACAAUACAUAAAACAAUAAAAGUAAUCUCAAGCAAAGAAAAAAAAAAAGAUGGUGAUGAAAACUCCAAUUUAGUAAAGGGAAAAGAAAAACCAUUUCGAAUAUAUUGAAACGGUUUUGGUUUAUCCAGAGGAAAUGAAGGAGAAGGCGGAGAGUGGCGGGGGAGUAGGAUACGUGAGAGCAGAUCAGAUAGACUUAAAGAGUCUGGACGAGCAGCUGCAGAGACACUUAAGCAGAACAUGGACGAUGGAGAAGAGGAAGAGUUUGAGUGAUGGCGAAGACAACGUAAAUAAUACCCGACAUAACCAGAACAGCUUCGGACAUCGACAGCUUGUGUUUCAGAGACCGCUUCUUGGUGGUGGAUAUAGCAACAACAACAACAACGACAUAAUUAGGUCGACGGAGGUUGGGAGGUCAAGAAGAGAGUGGGAGAUUGAUCCUUCUAAGCUUAUCGUAAAAAGUGUGAUUGCUCGAGGUACUUUUGGUACAGUUCACCGUGGAAUCUACGAUGGUCAAGAUGUCGCCGUGAAACUACUAGACUGGGGAGAAGAGGGUCACAGGUCAGACGCAGAGAUAGCUUCGCUUAGAGCUGCUUUCACUCAAGAAGUAGCUGUUUGGCAUAAGCUUGACCACCAGCUGUUUGGCAUAAGCUUGACCACCCCAAUGUUACCAAGGUACACUAAAAUUCACUCUUAUAUAUCUGUGAAUUCUUGAACCGCAAUCAAUUUAAGCUUAACCGAUU